UAGCAAUGUUUGCUUCGAACACAUGGGGGCGGCAGCACAUGUCACGGGCUGCAGACCUGCUUGCACUUAUACGGAAGAAGAAGAUUCCGGUGCAACAGCUAGGCAUCAUCAUGCCUACUGCUGUGAUUAUGGAGGAAAAUUAUGAUAAGUUAUUAGAGCAGUGUGAAGCUCAAGAACUCGAGGCUCCAGGGGGCAUUGCAACGCCUCAAGUCUACGCCCAGUUGCUGGCUCUCUAUUUACUACACAAUGACAUGAAUAAUGCCAGGUAUCUAUGGAAGAGGGUUCCCCAAGCGAUAAAAUCGGCAAACCCCGAAUUAACAGCUAUAUGGGCAGUUGGCCAACGCAUUUGGCAGCGGGACUUUCCAGAGAUCUACACAGCCAUCGCAGCCUACCAAUGGACAGAGAAUAUUCUUCCAGUCAUGGAAGCCCUUCGAGCAAUGGACGUUCAGAGGACAGGAACUAUGGUUCGGCCCCCCAGCCCCAUGGAUAGCCUGGAGAAGCAACUGAGCUGCCCCAUCUGCCUGGAAAUGUUCACCAAACCUGUGGUCAUUCUGCCCUGCCAGCACAACUUGUGCCGUAGUUGUGCUAGUGACCUCUAUGACUCACGCAACCCAUACCGCUUUUCUGGUGGUGUCUUCCGAUGCCCUACUUGUCGAUUUGAGGUCGUGCUUGAUCGCCAUGGUGUCCAUGGGCUCCAGCGCAACCUAUUGGUAGAAAAUAUUAUCGACAUCUAUAAGCAGCAGCAAGAAGGCAGUGGCAGUGGAACUACAGAAACUACCCUUAAGCCUAAAGAAUCCAAAGAGCCCAUGUGCCAAGAACACGAAGAUGAGAAAAUCAACAUCUAUUGCGUUACCUGCCAAGUGCCCACCUGCUCCAUGUGCAAAGUGUUUGGUCAACACAAGGACUGUGAGGUGGCACCUUUAGCAAAUGUUUACCAGACACAGAAAGGUGAACUGAGUAACGCUAUCGAUACCCUGGUUGCCAGCAAUGGGCGUCUACAGGCUCUUCUCAACCAGAUGGAAGAUGCCUGCCGUGCUGUGCAGGAGAAUGCUCAGCGUGCUAAGCAAGGGUUAGCGGAACGCUUUGACCUGUUGUAUGCUGUUCUUGAAGACCGCAAGAACAUUCUUCUAGACCAGAUUGGUAAAGAGCAAGAUGAAAAAGUGGCCGCUCUUCGGGCUCUGGCCCAACGUUAUGGUGAACGACUGCAAGCAAGUACAGAGCUCACAGAUUCGGCUGUAAGAGCACUGGAACAGAGUGGUGCUGCUGAGUUUCUCGUAGCUUCCAAGGGCCUCAUCGUGCAGACCAAAGACGCAGCUAAAUGUUCGCUCGGGGAGGAGAGGCCAGAGCCAGGAUUCGAGAAGAUGGACCACUUCACUUUGUCAACAGAGCAUGUUGAAGCAGUCCUGGCAAAGAUGGACUUUGGAGUGUGUGAUGAGGAUGAAUUCGAAGAUGCAGAGGAAGAAGAAGAAGAAGAGGAAGAGGAAGAGGAGGAGGAAUAAUGAAAAUUCAGAGUGUUAAGGGACUUGUAGGAAAUACUGAAAUAUGUCCUUUAAAGGGAUUUUGUGUUUAUGGAAGGGACUGUGUUUGAUGUUGAAGCAAAUAUAAGGUUACAGUGGUUGUGGGCUAAAAUGGCAUUUCAGUGCAAUAUUUUAUGUCAAUGUUAUAUUUGUGCCUUUUCUUAAUUUCUUUUUAUACUUUUGUACUUCUAAACCCUUUCAAUGGUGAAAUAGGGUAGAGUCAUGUAAAUAUAGAAGGCCUGAAAUGGCUUACACCGAAUUUCCUCAUAUGAAGCUUUUGAAAAUAGUCAGUAAUUUUUCUCAUCUUGUCAAGUUUGUGUUGAAACUGUUACCAUGUCUGCCUUUAAUUGAACAUUGGAAUAAAGCUGCAUGAAUUUAA